UCUCCAUUUCGGUCUCCUGUGUUUAUCGACUCUCCGUCACUCUGACCUUUUUUUUUUAUACCGGUUCUGAAGAUAUGGGAACGCCUUGAUUAAAACUCUGAAUCGGCGAAACACACGGCUAUUCACCCAUCAUUUGGACCUAGGAGAUCCUAAGACAUAAACCGCUACUGCACGUCUCAGAGCCGAGAAGAAAAACACGAUAAAGAGACUACAUGUCCCAGAAACCCCUGCUGUGAGAGCGAGCAACUACUUCUUCUUCUUCUCUUGUCCGUGUUUUUCCUCUCUCCUUCCUUCCGGUUGGUUGGAUGAGUCCCAAACAGCGACAAAAUUGUGAGCAGUGAUUGGGCGCUGAGCCGGACCGGGUAGCCAACGGGGAGCCAGGUAAUAACCAGAGAGAAGGCUAGCCAUCAUGGCGGACGUGGACCCGGACACCCUGCUGGAGUGGCUGCAGAUGGGCCAGGGCGAUGAGCGGGACAUGCAGCUCAUCGCUCUGGAGCAGCUCUGCAUGCUGCUGCUCAUGUCUGACAACGUGGACCGCUGCUUCGAGACCUGUCCUCCUCGCACGUUCCUCCCGGCGCUCUGUAAGAUCUUCCUGGAUGAGAGCGCUCCGGAUAACGUGCUGGAGGUCACGGCCAGAGCCAUCACCUACUACCUGGACGUGUCUGCGGAGUGCACCCGGAGGAUUGUGGGAGUGGACGGAGCCAUCAAGGCGCUGUGCAACCGGCUGGUGGUGGUGGAGCUGAACAACAGGACCAGCAGAGACCUGGCCGAGCAGUGUGUGAAGGUGCUGGAGCUGAUCUGUACCAGGGAGUCUGGCGCUGUGUUCGAGGCCGGCGGUCUGAACUGUGUGCUGACCUUCAUCAGAGACAGCGGACACCUGGUCCACAAAGACACGCUGCACUCCGCCAUGUCCGUGGUGUCCCGGCUCUGCAGCAAGAUGGAGCCUCAGGACUCGUCUCUGGAGACCUGCGUCGAGUCUCUGUCCAGCCUCCUCAAACACGAAGACCACCAGGUGUCAGACGGUGCCCUGCGCUGCUUCGCCUCAUUGGCCGACAGGUUUACUCGUCGUGGUGUUGACCCCGCCCCUUUAGCCAAACACGGGCUGACGGUGGAGCUGCUGUCCCGCAUGGCGGCCGCCGGAGGCUCCGUGACAGGCCCCGCCUCCUCCUGUAAGCCCGGCCGGACCUCCACAGGCUCCACCCCCUCGGCCCCAGACGCAAAACUGAGCAACCAGGUGUCGACCAUCGUCAGCCUGCUGUCCACGCUGUGCCGGGGGUCACCGCUCGUCACACAUGACCUGUUGCGUUCAGCGCUGCCCGACUCGAUGGAGUCCGCUCUGGGAGGAGACGAGCGCUGCGUGCUGGACACCAUGCGGCUGGUGGACCUCCUGCUGGUUCUGCUGUUCGAGGGACGGAAGGCUCUUCCCAAAUCCACAGCCGGGUCCACGAGUCGGAUCCCCGGCCUGCGGCGCCUCGACAGCUCAGGGGAGAGAUCCCACCGACAGCUCAUCGACUGUAUCCGCAGCAAAGACACCGACGCUCUGAUCGACGCUAUCGACACCGGAGCUUUUGAGGUGAACUUCAUGGACGAUGUUGGACAGACGCUCCUCAACUGGGCUUCAGCUUUUGGAACACAGGAAAUGGUUGAGUUUCUAUGUGAGAGGGGGGCGGACGUCAACAGAGGUCAGAGGUCAUCUUCACUACACUACGCUGCCUGUUUCGGACGCCCACAAGUAGCCAAGACUCUCCUGCGUCACGGAGCGAACCCUGACCUAAGAGACGAGGACGGGAAAACUCCUCUGGACAAAGCCAGGGAGAGAGGACACAGCGAGGUCGUGGCCAUACUGCAGUCCCCUGGAGACUGGAUGUGUCCGGUGAAUAAGGGUGACGACAAGAAGAAGAAAGAUGUGAACAAGGAGGAGGAGGAGGGCGGCGAGCCCAAAGGAGACCCAGAAAUGGCUCCCAUCUACCUGAGGAGACUCCUGCCUGUCUUUGCACAAACCUUUCAGCAAACCAUGCUGCCUUCUAUUAGGAAAGCCAGUCUGGCUCUGAUUAGGAAGAUGAUUCACUACAGCAGUGACGUCCUGCUGAAGGAAGUGUGUCACAGCGAGGUGGGACACAACCUCCCCACUGUGCUGGUGGAGAUCACUGCUACUGUCCUCGACCAGGAGGACGAUGACGACGGUCACCUCCUGAGUCUGCAGAUCAUCAGAGAUCUGGUGGAUAAAGGUGGAGACGUCUUCCUCGACCAGCUGGCUCGGCUGGGCGUCAUCAACAAAGUGUCCACUCUGGCCGGACCGGUGUCCGACGACGAGAACGAGGACGAAACCAAACCUGAGAAGGAGGAUGAGGCGCAGGAGGACGCGAGGGAGGUCCAGCAGGGCAAGCCGUACCACUGGAAGGACUGGUCCAUCAUCAGAGGGAGGGACUGUCUCUACAUCUGGUCCGACGCCGCCGCACUCGAACUCUCCAACGGAUCCAACGGCUGGUUCAGGUUCAUCCUGGACGGCAAGCUCGCCACCAUGUACUCCAGCGGGAGUCCAGAGGGCGGCUCCGACAGCUCCGAGUCUCGCAGUGAGUUCCUGGAGAAGCUGCAGCGUGCGAGGAGUCAGGUGAAGCCAGUGACACCCAGUCAGCCCAUCCUCUCCAUAGUGGGUCCCACGAAGCUGACGGUGGGGAACUGGUCCCUGACCUGCCUGAAGGAAGGAGAGAUCGCCAUCCACAACUCAGACGGACAGCAGGCCACCAUCUUGAAGGAAGACCUGCCGGGCUUCGUCUUCGAGUCCAACAGAGGAACCAAACACUCGUUCACCGCCGAGACAUCACUGGGCUCAGAGUUCGUGACGGGCUGGACGGGGAAGCGAGGCCGGAAGCUGAAGUCGAAGCUGGAGAAGACGAAGCAGAAGGUGAAGAGCAUGGCGAGGGAGCUGUACGACGACCACUUCAAAGCCGUGGAGAGCAUGCCCAGAGGGGUGGUGGUCACCCUGAGGAACAUCUCCACACAGCUGGAGUCCGCCUGGGAGCUGCACUCCAACCGACAGCAGUGCAUUGAAGGAGAGAACACAUGGAGGGACCUGAUGAAAACAGCUCUGGAGAACCUGAUCGUUGUUUUGAAGGAUGAAAACACGAUUUCUCCGUAUGAGAUGUGUAGCAGUGGCCUGGUCCAGGCUCUGUUCACUGUCCUCAAUAAUAGUGUGGACCUGGAACUGAAACAUGACUGUAAGCCUUUAAUGGAGAGGAUCAAUGUCUUUAAGGCGGCUUUCAGCGAGAAUGAAGAGGGUGAAAGCCGACCAGCUGUUGCCUUAAUCCGUAAACUGAUAGCUGUUCUGGAGUCAAUAGAACGUCUACCUCUGCACCUGUACGACACUCCGGGAUCCACAUACAACCUGCAGAUCUUGACGAGGAGGUUGCGUUUCCGUCUGGAGCGAGCGCCCGGCGAGACGGCUCUUAUCGACCGGACGGGUCGCAUGUUGAAGAUGGAGCCGCUCGCUACUGUGGAGUCUCUGGAGCAGUACCUGCUGAAGAUG